CGGCGAUGAGCAGGUCAGAAUCACUAACGCACAAGUGGCUCCGCCAAAACCUACAGCCAUAUGCUCAAGCCGAUGUCGUCUUUACACAUGUCGAUGCGGCCCUCGCCCGGCACCCCACCAUCCGGCCCAAGACGGACGUUUACACGUAUGACGACGGGCGGACCCAGCUGUUGCUGUGCCUGCAUGGGCUUCUCCCCAUAAACUUCCGCGGUGCUUCCUACAACAUUCCCAUAGCGGUUUGGCUGCCAAGGGAGUAUCCCCGUAGCCCGCCUAUAGCUUAUGUCGUCCCGACAAGUGACAUGCUCAUCCGAGCAGGUCCGGACGUCGACGUCAGCGGUCGCUGUUCCGGACAAUACGUCCGAAAUUGGGAGCGCAAAAGCGAGGGUUGCAGUCUUGUUGGUUUUCUGGACGCCAUGCAAGAGACGUUCUCACGGGAACCACCCGUGUACGCAAAACCAAAGGACACUACUGCUGCACAGACAACAUAUCUGCGGCCACCAACGUCCACGACGUCUGAUUACCCCCAUCGCCCUCCCCCCCCACUUCCCGUAGAUCGUGCUGCGUCUGUAGGGACGCCCAUGCAAUCAACACACUCUAUAGAUGUGGAUGCUAGUGGUCCUCCUCCGUUACCCGCCAAGCCUGGCGCAUCCGUAUCAACCGCUGCUUUCUCACCUUCGAGGAGCGCAUCUGUCCCUCUUCCCCAAGCGUCCGCAAGCAUCCGAAGCCAAUCGCCAGUCACUAUCGGCACCCCCGCUCUUGCGAUGAGACCACCGCCACCGCUCCCACAGGAAGUGGGCGUACCAAGCCAAUCGAACAAUUCGCCGGUCCCACCAAGCUAUCACUCGCACGACCGGAAAACUGUCCACUUGUCCUCUAACAAUCCGUCGUGGUCGGCGCGCAUACCAUCGAGCCCACCGAGCCAGCCUCGAUCAAUACAGCCGCCAUAUCGGGCAGCUGCGCCAACACCCUCUCCGCCGCCCCCGCCGCCACUGCCGCCUGCUCUCUCUGCGACAAUUUCAGCCGUAACGUCACCGAUCGGUUACAGCGGGACGUCUCAGCACCCUUCUCCAACGCCUGUCGCCUCAAGCCACGCCGGCUCCGUAUACUCUCCGCCCCCACCACCGGCGUUCUCAGCACCCCAGCCUGUCUUCAGGGGUCCGGCGACGAGUCCCCCGUAUCUGACCUCUCCAAGUGGCCAAGCACCCCCGCCCCCGCCGUUUCCACCCGCUUUCGCCCCUCCCGCGCACCCACCUGCCCCCCCUGCGCCACCAUCGUUCGUGCCCGCGCCGGAUUUGUUGGACGAGCAAGAUGGCGAGACCGCCGGCCCAUCAGGCUCGUCCGCGCCAGCAGCGGGCGCACCGCCGCGCCCGCCGAACCCAGAGCUCCUCCGGCUCCACGACCAGGUGCACGCGAAGCUCUCCUCCGAGCUCGCGUCGCUCUCGCAGGCCAUGGCGCUCGACGCGGAGCGCCUACGUGCCAACCAGACAGACCUGCUCGCCGGGGAGCCUGCGCUCCGCGACGAGAUGGCGCGCCUGGAAGCCGUGCGCGACGUGUGCCGGGGGGUGGCCGCGCGGCUGGAGCAGGUGGUCGCGGCGGGGGAGCGGAACGUCGCCGAGCUCAGGCGGAAGGGCGACCCGGAGGUGGACGAGAUGAUCUGCUCGACCACGAUCGUCUACAACCAGCUCAUCAACCUCGUCGCUGAAGAUAACGCAAUUGAGGACACAAUUUACCAUCUGCACCGCGCCUUGAACUCCGGCCGUGUAGACCUCGAGCGGUUCCUCAGGACUACUCGCGUUCUCGCCGAGGAACAAUUUAUGAAGCGCGCCCUCAUCGAGAAGAUCAGAGCCGGGAUCCCACUCGAAAUGUCAGACGAAGCUCCAUGGCCUGGUGGUCUUUCUCAAUGGCGGUAGCAGGUGACCCCAACUUUUCGCGUCAGGCGCUCGGGGGAGAUGGCAAAAUAGCAUAAGACGACAGAGAAGCAUGCAUUUGUUCCCGAGAUGAAUAUGGAACAUGAGGGACGAGCUCGACUGGAAGCCCAGUAGUUGGGCAAACUGUACUGUAAAUGUGAAUUCGUUUGUACUCCUCGGUCUAAUGAGCCCGGCCGUCGGUUCUGUGUCGACGUCUAUAGUCGAUCAUGGUAGGCGGACAUACCUAUGGUAGAUGCCACAUCUCCCAUAGACUCGUAGUUUGGAUUUCCGGAGCCGACCUAGGGGCAUCUGCACGCUGCAAGGUCUUUUCCUCCAUCCCCAAUCCUAUCAGUGAGGUAACUCUCCCGUAAACCACGACAUGUGCUGUCAAUAU